CUCUUAGCCGUGCGUGGUGAACCACUGCUUCCUUUUCCCUUUCGCCGCCGUACCGUCUUCCCUCGGUAGGGAUUUUCUCUGCUCUCCCGAAAGACGUCUGUUCUCCUGAGGUUCCUCAACUUCCAACAUGCAGAACGACGCCGGCGAGUUCGUGGAUCUGUACGUGCCGCGGAAAUGCUCUGCGAGCAACAGGAUCAUCGGAGCAAAGGAUCACGCGUCCAUUCAGAUGAACGUGGCCGAGGUUGAUAAGGUCACUGGCAGAUUCAAUGGCCAAUUUAAAACAUAUGCAAUUUGUGGAGCAAUUCGUAGAAUGGGAGAAUCUGAUGACUCCAUUCUCCGGCUGGCAAAAAAUGAUGGCAUUGUCUCAAAGAACUUCUAAUUGGAGAAAUCUUGUGGAAUAUUUGUCUUAAUAAAUGAGAAAAACCGUA